AUGUACGAAACCACCCGAAGAAACCACGAAGACAGCGCAAGCAGUCGCAGCUCUCACUCUCGUCGAAGUAACGACUCUUAUGAGUCCCGUAGCACAGCUCCAACAACCGUCCACAACAGCCCCCGACCUUCCUCCUAUCGCGCAGAGUCAGACCGUUAUCCUAGCUCCAAGUACGCCUACGAGACAUCGUCGCCGACGCCCUACUCUUGCUUCCCUCGAUCAUCAACGGAAACAUACGCCUCGGGCGCUUCUGAGCAAGACCUCUGCGAGGAACCCGAGACAUACGACCCCGAGUAUGAAGUCCCCGAGUACCAUGAAAUCGUUGAGGCGGACCUACGACCGACGAACCCCAAUAACUUCGCCGACUACUUCCCCUCCACGAAGCGCCUCAGUAUCCGCCACGACGACACCACAUAUGAUGGGAACAUGAACUUGCGCAUUGACGCGGAGGACUACUUGCGCAAGACCGGGAACGUCCAGCUAUUUCAUCUGCGCAUGCAGGACUUAAAGAAGCGUGAAUUUUCCCUACGGCGAUAUGAGCGUUCGUCCGGGCGAGAACUAUGUCAUUCAAGCCGGAAAUAUGCAAAGCCCGCUUCAGAGCAGAGACCUGCCCUGACGAGAUCAAUGUCCAGCGCUCUUGCAAGUAUUCGAAAGCCGGAAUUCAAGAGGACUGGUUCUGGCCUCUCAACAAGCGGUCACAAGAGCAGAAAUGGAAGCAUCAAGAGGCAAGAUAGUGGGUACGCUUCAGUCGACGAAGAUGCAGAUGAGGGCCUGGCCGUCAAGUCCAGCAAUGCAGCUCCCACAAAUAGCAUCAAGCUAGAAUUUUCAAACUACGCCCAGGUAGAAGUCACGCGCCGAGGGAAGAAGUCAUCAAAACGGUACGAUUUCGAAUACUGGGGCCAGAGUUACUCUUGGCGACGAGUAGCAGAAAUGUAUGCCGAGGGAAAAUCAGUGUCGUACCAUCUUCAUCAUGGGGAAGGGCCCGCAAUAGCGCACAUCGUGCCUGAAUUACGAUCGCCUUCCCAGAUGCGGGCGGAUCAAGCGUCCGGUGGAUGGGUUCCUCCUUGCUCGAUGUGGAUCAGCGAUGAGACGAUCGUGGAGGAACUCAGUGAUGUCGCCGAUGUUAUUAUUGCUACAGGUCUCAUGGCCUUAGUUGACGACAGCAUCAAGCGGCAUUUCCACCCUCACAAACCCAAGCACGGCCAUCGCGUGGCAGCAGCACCCCUAACCCCGCUGGAUUUCGUCAAGCCAAUGGCCAUGGUUGAGCAUAUGUUCAAGCGCCGGAAUUCCGGCGGGUCAGCGAAGGGAAGAGAAAAAGAGCAGAGAAACUGGCCGAAAUUCGAACGAUCUAUCACUGCUUACUAG